AAGCAUCCAACCGUGAACCGUCCAUCCUUUCCAAGGUCAUCUUGAUCCAUUCAAUCUUUGGCCUCUUCAUCCCCUGCGUUUGGUGGCGACAAUUCCGAUCCUUCGAUCCGGCUGCCGCCGGUGGCCAUUUCCAGAAAUCCGAUCAUCCUUCCUAUUUGCAAUCCUCUAGCCCUUGCGUUGCAAUUCGUCUCUCGCAAACUGCUUUGUUACGUUACCGCCCUUCCUAGGGUUUCUGGGGAGACAUGACUUUUUCAGACGAAGAGGAUGAAAACCUGGCUCACUUUCUGGAAUCCGAGGUUCUCUCCCAGAUAUCUGAUCAGGAAGAGGAAAGUUUGGAGGAGCCCAAAGCAAAGAGAAAGCGAGUGGAGGGGGCUGAGAUUACUAAGGAAGAAGCUAAACAAAAUUCUAGUCCAUUGUUGAAACCUAAGAGCGAUAAUACCAGUAAAAGCGUAGCGCCUAAGACUAUUGAAACUGGAUUAUUCAGCAAAAUCCCACCUGAACUUUUUCAUCAUAUCCUUAAAUUUCUUUCCUCCGAGGACCUUGUUUCUUGUGGAUUAGUCUGUAAAUUUCUAAAUUAUGCUGCAUCUGAUGAAGCAUUAUGGCGUCGCUUGUACUGUAUGCGGUGGGGUCUUCUUCCCCCUACAAGGAAGUUAAGGCAAUGCCCAUGGAAAAAGUUAUACAUUCAGCGUGAUGAAGAGGACAUGGUUGAGCUUGUAAGAAACUGCUCAAAUGAAUUUAAAGAGUAUUACAUUCAAAUGCAAGCAGCUAAACGAAGCCAAGCACCUCUUCCUUCACAGUUGAAAGAUGAUGGGAUGAUUCUUGACAAAACAGUAGCUGAUCAAGUUUCAUCAUGGAAAAGAAGCAGAGGCCUUAGUGAUACCGUGGUGACUGAUCAUGCUUGCUCCGGGGAAACAUGCUCUUACUAUCACAUAGGAGAUGUAUUUAUUUGUGAGAAGACUGGACAUGUUCAUGUAUGUGAUGAUACAUGUAGAGAAGUUAUUAUGGAUCCAGCCAAUGAGCUUUUGGUCUGUACAAUCUCGGGGCACUGUUAUGAUAGAUUACUGUCACCAUCCGAAAUGGAACCUGAUGCUGAGCAGCAACAAGGAGGUGUGACUGAUGAGGCAGAACCGUUUAUGGGAUCUGGUCGUUUUGCGCGAGCUUAUUUGCUGGGAUACAAUUGUGCUGAUGAGAAGGAGCUUGAAGCUACUUUGAGGUUUUGCUGAUUCCCAUAUGGAUCUGCUUUGUGGCGGAGGAUUUAUCAUUGGCAUUUUUUAAAUGGUCAAAAUUAUUGAUGUGCUUACCUAUUUUAAUUAUUACAUAUAUCUGUGCUUUUCUGUGUUCUGAUGGUGACGUAUCAUUAUGAAAUUUCACCUAGCAUAUGAAUUUAUGAUUAGGCUUGUAAAACUUGGCAUGUGUUAUUCCUUGUUAAUCAUGUACAGUUGAAUCCAUUACAGACGCUUUCUCCCCCAA